AUGGCCAAGGUCGCUGACCAGGUUUUUGGAACCACUGUAGAUUCGCCCGAGAAGACGACGACGAUGGGUUCAGGAAUUCAAGAGGGUGACUUGACUUCCGGACAAGGCAACGAAGCCGAUGUCGAGGCCGCCAUGACAAAAGAGGAGCCUCGCAGCGAUUCUGGACCUCUCGUUGUCGGCUGGGAUGGUCCUGACGACCCCCAAAAUCCCAUGAACUGGCCAGAUAGGAAGAAGUGGACAAACAUAUCAAUCUUGUCGAUCCUGACUCUUGUCACUCCCCUUGGAUCCUCCAUGUUUGCGCCAGGUAUCCCAAGUAUCAUGGUCGAGUUCCGCAGUACAUCGAGCAUCACGGCAACAUUCCUCCUGUCCAUAUAUGUCCUUGGCUUUGCAUUUGGUCCACUUCUUGCCGCACCCUUGAGUGAGAUCUAUGGUCGACGGCUGCUAUACGUGGCCGGCAACGUACUCUUUGCCAUCUUCACCAUGGGGGUCGCGCUCAGCAACGGCCUGGGCAUGCUGCUAGCAUUUCGUUUUUUGAUGGGCCUAGCCGGCUCGGUCCCCCUUACAAUAGGAAGCGGAAGCAUUGCAGACAUGAUGCCUGUCGAAAUGCGCGGCAGAGCCUUGUCGGCGUGGGCCAUGGGUCCUCUGCUGGGUCCCUGUAUUGGCCCAGUUGCUGGGGGUUAUCUCAUACGAGCCGCUGGAUGGCGAUGGGUAUAUUGGCUUCUUCUUAUCCUGUCGGGCAUCUUCGUUCCUAUAUCCUACUCUUUCCUCGACGAGACAUUUCCUCCUAUUCUGCUCAAGAGAAAAGCGCGCCAGCUUCGCAAACAGCUGGAUAAUGGCGAGUCAGGUGGUGUAUCGCCGGGCCGGGCCUCGGCCAGUGACCAAAUCAAAAUGGCGAUUAUACGCCCAGUCAAGCUCUUGUUGCUUGUGCCAAUCGUGACUCUCAACUCGUUAUAUGUCGCCGUCGCGUACGGAAUCCUCUAUUUGCUGUUCACGACCUUUUCAUUCGUGUACCCAGAGAGAUAUGGGUUCGACGAAGGCACCAGUGGUUUGGCAUUUCUCCCCGCAGGACUCGGCAUGAUGUUUGGCGUCGUGGGCUUUGGCCCGCUCACGGAUGCAAUGGUAAAGCGGAACAAUGCGGCGGGAAUUGUUCACAAGCCAGAGUAUCGGCUGGCGCCGGUCCUCACCAUCCCGAGCGGCCUCGCAUUACCGGUAGGGCUCUUCAUAUACGGCUGGACGACAGAGAAGGGAGUUCACUGGAUUGUCCCCAUGCUCGGAGUGGUGGUCUUUUCUGCUGGUCUAAUGGGCAUCAUGAUGCCGGUGCAAAAUUACCUUUUGGACGCAUACCCGAGACAGGCCGCGUCGGUCACUGCAGCCUUGACAGUGAUGCGCUCGUUGCUAGGAGCUCUGCUGCCUCUAGGCGGGUUACAGAUGUACAACGCUAUGGGGCUCGGAUGGGGAAACAGCCUACUGGCCUUUAUUGCGUUGGGGCUUGUGCCUAUUCCCGUCAUGUUUUUCGUCUUUGGUGAACGCAUUCGCAGCCGGUCCAAACUCGGUCUGUAG